AUAUUUUUUCGAAAUUUUCUCUCCUCUUUCUAUCUCUGAGUUUACUAGCGGAAACGAAUCUUCUUCUCCACUCUCGAAAAUGGUAAUGGCUCAGAAGCUGAAGGAAGCUGAGAUCACCGAGCAGGACUCGCUCCUUCUGACUAGGAAUCUGCUUCGUAUUGCUAUCUUCAACAUCAGCUACAUCAGGGGACUCUUUCCCGAGAACUACUUCAAUGACAAAUCGGUUCCUGCUUUAGAUAUGAAGAUCAAGAAGCUGUUGCCUAUAGAUCCUGAAUCACGCAGAUUGAUUGACUGGAUGGAGAAAGGAGUCUACGAUGCGCUACAGAAGAAGUAUUUGAAGACGCUCAUGUUCUGCAUAUGUGAAUCCGUAGAGGGUCCGAUGAUUGAGGAAUACUCAUUCAAUUUCAGCUAUUCAGAUUCUGAUAGCCAAGAAGUCAGGAUGGACAUCAGUCGUACUGGGACUAAGAAACGUGGAGGGACUUUUAACUCCACUGCUGACAUUACCCAAAAUCAAAUGAGGAGUUCAGCUUGCAAAAUGGUCCGCACACUAGUUCAGUUGAUGAGGACCCUCGACAAAAUGCCAGACAAGCGCACCAUUGUGAUGAAGCUUAUGUACUACGAUGAUGUGACGCCACCAGAUUACGAGCCACCUUUCUUCAGAGGCUGUACAGAAGAAGAAGCUCAGCAUGUCUGGACGAAGGAUCCUCUGAGAAUGGAAGUUGGUAAUGUUAACAGCAAACAUCUCGUGUUAACGCUUAAGGUCAAGAGCGUUCUUGAUCCUUGUGAGGAUGAAAAUGAUGACAUGCAAGAUGAUGGAAAGAGUACAGGACCUAAUUCUGUACAUGAUGACCAGCCUUCUGAUUCAGAUAGCGAGAUCAGUCAAACAAAAGAAACUCAAUUCCUUCUGGCGCCAGUAGAGAAACAAGACGAUGAUGAUGGAGAGGUUGAUGAAGAUGACACACAGGAUCCGGUUGAGUCUCAACAGCAGCUAGCAAGGGUGAAGGACUGGAUCAUUUCCCGCCACCUCAAUACUCUGGAGCUCACAGAUGUCCUUUCAAACUUCCCCGAUAUCUCAAUAGCUCUGACUGAAGAAAUCGUGGAUCAGCUGGAGAAAGAAGGUGUUCUUUCAAAAACAGGGAAGGACGCGUACAUUAUAACCAGAGAUAAGGCACAAUGGAGCGAAUUUAACUUUGUGAAAGAUGAAGCUGAUGGUAAAACUGCUCCAAAGGACGAGAAAUCUAUUGCUCCUAAAGACUACAUGUACAUGAAAGCGCUGUACCAUUCUCUUCCAAUGCAAUAUGUGACCGUUACAAAGCUUCACAACAUGUUGGAUGGUGAAGCCAACCAGACACAAGUUCGUAAGCUAAUUGACCGAAUGAUCCAAGAGGGCUACGUGGAAGAUUCUAGCAACCGCAGGCUAGGGAAGCGUGUAAUUCACUCAGCUUUUACCGAGAAUAAGCUAAAUGAAGUCAGAAAAGUUCUUGCCACAGAUGAUGAUAUGGAUGUGGAUGUAGACGAAACUGUAAACAAGACCAACGGCCAAGAUGCCAAACUAACCCAAGAUGUAUCUACACGCGGAGGCAUCCACUCCAUUGGAUCAGACAUGACACGCACGAAAGGAAGAUCUGGGAUGCAGCAGAACGGAUCGGUUCUAAGUGAACAGACCAUCUCUAAAGCUAAUAACAACACUCCAGUGAGCAGCAACGCACAGCCUGUGGCUUCGAGGGAGAGUUUUGCUGUAAAAGGAAUGGGUGCUAAAAUCUGCAAGGACGCUAACUCAGACGGUAGCCAAGCCUCACAAGACAGGCGUUACAGGAAAACUAGCAUGGUGAGAGAGCCUAUCCUGCAGUACUCGAAGCGCCAGAAAUCUCAGGCUAAUUGAUGAUGGUACCACAGUCUCAGGCACGAAAGCCACCAUACUCAGUGGCUAUGAUAGUAACUUUUACCAAUUCCCAUAAUCCAUAAACUCUCCUCAUACACUAGCUCGCUUUAUUCCAAUGCUUAAGUAUUAUUAUCUUUGUUACUUCUGGUACGAGACUUGUUGCAACACUUGCUUUAUCGGUUAGAGUGGUUUUAUAAUAUUCCGCCUGCCUCUUGCUUUAUCGUUUCUUUAUUGUUGCAGACUAUUUUCAUGUUUCUUUUCCCUUUGAGAAUAUAUUGCAUUAAACGCAAACAUGUUAUUGUGGAUUACUUACACUCGUAAAUCAUUUUGGCUUUUGUAAAAUU